CGAAAACUUGUGUCAUGUAAAACGUCUUAUAACAUUAAAAAAACUUGGAUUUUGCGCUGUGUGUGUGUGAGUUGAUCUAUAAUGUGUUCUGCGGUGCUUAAUAACCCUGUACAUUUGAACAUACUACCACCUCCAAAAUUUCAUUUCAAGUCAGGAGAUUCACUGGCUAUUAAUGUGACAUUCAAGAAUGUACCAAACGGUCGGAACCCUGGCUUUACAGUCAUGCAUGGAAGUGCAGAAAAAGUAUUUGUGAAACGAGGAGAAACAUCAUUUCAAUUCAAUGAAAAGUUGACGUCUCAAAGUAUAUCUCUUGACUUGGAUCUGGCUGAAGGCGACCCGGUCUAUACACUAUACAAAGGAGAAAUUCAGCCGCAUGACAUUGCUGAAUUUGGUGCAUCAUCUUUCGAAUUAAACAUUAAUUUAGAUUUUUCAAAUUCAUAUAAUGGUCAGGUGUUUAAUGUGGAAAGUAAUAUAACAGAAAAAUGUGUUGCUGCAAAAUAUGGCUCCAUUAAAAGUAAUGGUGGACCUGUUAGAAUCAAAAGUACUCUAGACAUAUCUGAAAAUGGUGGAUAGUAUCAAGAGAAAACUUAUCUAUCUGAUGCCAAACGUAAUGAAAACACUACUAAGGAUGGAGAGUGUGAAGAAAAUAGAUAUUCAGAUAAAACCAGGCAUAUUGUAUGCAAUUUAACAGAUGGUAGCAAAUAUGUAGAAAUAACUUAUUCAGAUAAGAGCAGACAUUUUGAAAACACUGAUAAAGACGGUAAUAAGUAUCAAGAAGAUACUUAUUCAGAUGGGACCAAACGUAUUGUAAACACGUUUGUAGAUGGUAGCGAAUAUAGUGAAACAACUUAUUCAGAUGGUACUAAACGUAUUGAAAACACUACUAAAAAUGGAAAGUAUGAAGAGAAUACACAUUCAAAUGGGACCAGGCGUAUGGUAAACACUCUAAAAGAUGGUAGCGAAUAUAAAGAAUGUAUUUAUUCAGAUGGCACCAAAAAUAUUGAAAACACUACUAAAGAUGGAAAGUUUGAAGAGAAUACAUAUUCAGAUGGGACCAAGCGUAUUGUACAUACUUUCAAAGAUGGUAGCAAAUAUAUAGAAAAAACUAAUUCAGAUAAGAGCAGAUAUAUUGAAAACACUGAUAAAGAGGGUAACAAGUAUCAAGAAGAUAUUUAUUCAGAUGGGACCAAACGUAUUGUAAACACGUUUGUAGAUGGUAGCGAACAUAGAGUAAGAACUUAUCCAGAUGGGACCAGACAUACAGAGACUAUUCGUUCAGAUGGAAACAGAAAGAAUUGGAGAAGAUCAUCAAAUUUAAUAUAUGGAAGGAGUUCCUACUCAAAAACGGACCCAAAUGACGAUGAAGCAGUUUUAGUAUCUAUAGAAUCUUCCGGAAAUCGUGUCAGUGCCUACUCUUCUGCUGACAUGUUGUUGAUGCUAACAGCCAUAUUAAGUGUAUUACAUAAACUAUUACAUUAAGUUUACUCAAUUCUUUUAUUGCUUUUCACAUGUAUUCAUAGGUGUAAUACUUAUAAAUAGUUCACAUGGACCCCGUCGGGCACAGCAAAAUAAGUAAGUUAGGAGAGAGAAAGCUGUAAUUAGCUAUGUUACUUAUUAUUGUUAUGACUAAGACUAAAGUAGUUAGAUAGGCAAAUAAGUUAUAAUUUUAUAUUUAAACAAGGAUACUCAAUCUACAAUGUAAAGUUGAAAACUGUGUGUGUAUGUGUAUGUGUAUGUGCGUGUGACUGUUUAUGUCUUUAUCAUUUAUUGAUCGAUUUAAUAUUGUUAUAUUACAUACAUGUUCUGAUCACAGUCAUCAUUUUUCUUUUUAUUGUUAUAAUUCAUUGCGGUAGGUUCAACGGUUUUGUAUUACUUUACUAGCUGUUGUCCACUCCUGGAUUAAAAAUAAAUGCGAUAUACACAGAAA